AUGAUUUUUCCGAAUUCAAAUAAUCAGGAAACCACUACUCCUAUGUUACUUCCUCAGCACUCAAUCACAAUCCUAUUUAAAGCAGCCAAUCUGCACACAAACCACCUCAUUCACAUAUCACAUCACAACACUAAACAAACAUUUUGCUCGAGUACACUUCUGGUUCUUGAUACCUGGGUGUCAUCCAAAUCAACGUUUUUACCUAAAGAAACAACUAAUAAUCUGAUGGAAGACUCUAAAUGUGCUGCAUUGAUGUGCGACUGGAGGGACUACUUACGAGGUGAAAAUGGGGAUAUAUUUGAGAUCAUCAAGAGAGCGAUCAUGGUGGCUGCUUCAGAUCAACCAACGGAGUUCCAAAGUAGAAGACACAAGAUUGCUCUGAUUCUGUUAUCCGAUGAGUUGAUCAAGCACUACGAAUGUGAUAAGUGUCAGAAACAGAGCCCAAAGGUAAGUCAUGAAAUGGAAGAUGAAACAAAACUAGUUUCAGAGGUGUUGAGCAGCUCUGUUCUGUGUAAGGAAGAAGUCUGGGAACGGAACAAUAGCCAUGGAAAGCCACCGAUGGAGAAGCAAAUCGUACCCACCUGCAAACAGCAACGGCCGACGAUGGCGAUCAAGCUGAAGUUGAAUACAGAAACGAAGUUCCAAAUUCAAAAGGGUCCAGUGACUCCUGAAGAAAAAGUUGACGAUCUUGGGGAUACGGUUGCUGAGGUCUUGAAGAUGAAGAAGAUUCUUGACAAGAGCGGAGAUGAAUCUCAAUCUGAAUUGGUAGUGUGUGAGUUGUUAAAGAUGCUUCAGUCGAUGGAGUUAUCCAUGAAAACUCUGGAGGCAACGAUGAUUGGGAGAACGGUCAGUGCUCUUAAAAAGCAUUCAUCGGAGAAAGUUUGCCGGAUUGCAGUGACACUCAUGAAAUCAUGGAAACGCAAAGUGGAUGAAUGGCUCAAGAAAGAAUCAAACGAUGUCAAACUAACGUCAUCCCAGCUAGUAAAGCCAACGAAUCUGAAUAUGAAUACGGAGAGGAAGUUGGAAGGUUCAGAAAAAAGUUUCAAAGAUUGGAAAUGGCGGAGUAAUGGACUUGUUGGAGAAAGUGGAAGCAGCAAAGAGAAAGCUGCAAGAAGGGUUUGA